AUGAGAUUUUCAUUAUCAUUAUUAUUUGUAAUUUUAUCCGUCCUUUUGGCUGGUGUUCUCGCUUGCAAGGACCCAUACAACCCCGAGACUGUUGACUAUGGUCAAUGUGCCUCUGCCACCAAGGCCAACUAUGAAGUUCGUUCAGAUUCAAAGGUCUUAACUCCAGCAGAUCUCCCAGCUGAUGAACUCGCUGUUCACGAAUCCAGAAUGCGUCACAUUAUUGACAUUGCUCGUGUCAACAACAAGAAGUUUGUUUCCUCUAUCUACUUCCCAAAUGGCACCCUCGCUUGCAUUGGUAUCAACACUGGUAAGCCAAACAUGAUUGCUCAUGGUGAAAUCGUUGCCAUCCAAAACUGCACUGAAAUCCACGGUAUCUCAAUGUACACCAACUACUCUAUCUACACCACUGGUGAGCCAUGUUCCAUGUGUGCCUCUGCCAUCCUCUGGUCCAGAUUCAAGACUGUCGUCUGGUCUACCUACAACUCUGACCUCUACUGCAAGAUCUGUAUGUCCAACAUCCCAAUUGACUCCAGCUACAUCUUCUCCCGUGCCUAUGGUCUCGGUAUUGAAGCCCCAGUUGCUAUCGGUGGUGUUGUAAAGGCUGAAGGUGACGCUUGGUUCGGUACCUACUGCAACCGUCCAACCUCCAUCUACUACAUUGCCCCCAAGUGUGCCUGUCAAGAUCCAGCCAAGGUUUCACCACUCAAGUUCACUCAAACCAGAACCACCGUCUGGGUUGAAGGAGGAGACAAGGUCGUCACCCAAUGGAACGCCAUCAUCUCUAACCCAUCCAACUCUACCAUCGUUGAUCCACCCAUCGUCAUCUCUCCAUCCGUCGUCUUCAAGGGUGCUCCAUGGGGUAUCUCUGCUGCCUCUGAGCCAAACACCUACAAGCUCAGCUACAACAAGGUCCUCUUCCCAGGUCAAACCUUUAGCUUUGGUUACAGUGUCUACGGUCUUGAGGAAGUUGCCUUCACUGCCCUCGAAGCUUAA